GGUUACCCCACUACCGACGCGCUCAACGCGUCCCCCCCAGCCGAACGUCGUUUAAACGGGGAUGCCGGAUAAUUGUGUAAGUGUAUCACUUACAUAAUCCAAAAUGGCCGACGCCUCGGGUGAAGAUGUCCAGGAGCGUCUCAAAUCAGCCCUGUGGUUCGCCAUUGGCAAGAUGGUCGACGAUGAGUCGCUCCGUCGCAACAUGAAUGCUACUCCUCAGUUCAUCGGAGCUCUCACCGAGCUUGUGUGGACUCAAAUUGAAAACGUCGCCAUCGAUUUGGAAACCUUCAGCCAACAUGCUGGGCGUACCACCGUUACCACAGAUGACGUGCUUCUGCUUGCUAGGCGGAACAGUGACCUUCAGUCUGUGAUCAAGGAUUGUGUGGAUCGCCUCAAGGCAGCUAAAGCUAAAGAGAAGACGAGGAGUGAGAAACAGAAAUAGCGGAGAGCCACCAUGAUAGACAAGCCUUAAGCCUUCAACGAUUGCUCGAGGCAUGGUGAGUUAAACUAGGGGGUCGACGACGCAACGAGAAACGUUACCAAAGGAAUCGGCCAUUAUGGUACAUGGCUGACGCUACACACGCAAUAUUGAUACCCAGGGCGAGGCAUAAAAUAGAUUUAGGAAUGGGCUUCUCACAAGAAAACUUCAUCAACAAUCACACAAUCGGCAAACGGGACACUAGCAUUCGAUCUAUACGUG